AUGACUGUUACUGCCGCUGCUUCUCUGGAGUGUGAACAGUGUUCGGACAAUGGUACCACAUGUGCUGGCGAAAUGGAGACCUGCCUUUUUAAUGAAAAUACCUGUGCCAUUCACUUAUUUGAAGAUUCUCGAGUACCACCGAUGGACAAUAAAGCCAAUGGAAGGCAGUGUCCCUCAUGCUAUUCGUGGUCGGAAGGGUGUUCAAUAAAGAUGGUGAAUUGUACCGGAAAGGACACACACUGCUUUGAAGUGUCAUCACAAACACAUUCUGGUGGAAUUUUCAUAGACAGCACCAUAAAAGGUUGUACUUCUAAAUCUGUCUGUACUUCAUUGAAAAAAGGCAAAUCCCCUAUUGUGGCAGGUCUUGAUUAUAUUAAAACAGCAGAAUGCACACCAGAUGUUUCUAGGGGAUCUCCGUGCAACGGCCCUCUCCUGCUCAUUGUUCCUGGGAUCCUGCUGAAGAUUCUCUUGCUCUUUAGGGCAAGAAAUGUGAUGCACCGCAGAAAGAGAUUCCGGGAAUUUUCCAUUGCCAUCACCAUGCAGUUUCUCCUGAUGCUCUUCCUCUUUUCUGUGCUUCUAGAAACAGAUGGAGCAACAACGCAGAGUGAGAUAAAAGGCUGUGAGACCCUGGAGGUGUGUACUCUUCCCGCGUUAGAACUGAACAUGGGAGGUGGGAAAAUCUACCGGGCAGGAGUAGUCUGUUGCACUGGAAGCAACUGCAAACAAGUCUCACCUGAAUUGCCAGAAACAGACAGUACAGCCAACGGAAUUCAGUGUCCGGCAUGCUAUAGUUCAUCAGGCACAUGUGCUUCGGAGAUGGUAAAUUGCACAGGAGCGGAGAAGCAUUGCUUUGAUGUGAACACAGUGCAAAUGAGUGAUGGAAACCAGAUCGAGUACAUCUUGAGGGGCUGCACCACCGAGUCGGUCUGUCUCACCAUAAAGAGUGGCCGGUCUCCCAUUGUGGGAGGUGAUCGUGUCAAGAAGGCAUCUUGCCGGCCAGAUGUUUCUCAGGGAGCUCCCCCUUCCGGGCUCCUCUUGCCAGCCUUCUCUGGACUCCUGCUGGUAAAGGUCCUCUUGUAAAAGGACCUUGCU